UGGGCUGGGCUGGGCGCGGAGCGGGGAGGGAGGCAGGGCCCGGCCGCGGCCCCCGGCGGGGCGCUGGGCGCUGCGGGAGUGCAUGGCCCUGCGCGGGCGGCGAUGGCUGCGUGAUGGCCCAGCGCGGGCAGCCCGCACCGCACGCCAUGGCUGCCAAAGAGGAGCUGUACAGCAAAGUCAUCCCCCGGCGGAACCGGCAGCACCGCGCGGGGACCAUCAAACAUGGCUCGUCGCUGGAGAUCCUCCUGUCAAUGGGCUUCCCCAAAGCUCGGGCACAAAAAGCGCUGGCAUCGACAGGCGGAAGAAGCGUUCAAGCAGCAUGCGACUGGCUGUUCUCCCAUGUGGGUGACCCAUUCCUGGAUGACACCCUGCCCCGGGAGUACGUCCUCUACCUGCGCCCCACCGGGCCCCUGGCUCAGAAGCUCUCUGAGUUCUGGCAGCAGUCAAAGCAGAUCUGUGGGAAGAACAAAGCUCACAACAUCUUCCCACAUAUCACCCUUUGCCAGUUCUUUAUGUGUGAGGACAGCAAGGUUGAUGCUCUCACUGAAGCUCUGCAGGCCACUGUGAUGCGGUGGAAAUGCAAAUUCCCUGCCCCUCUGCCUUUGGAGCUCUACACAUCCUCCAAUUUCAUUGGGCUUUUUGUCAAGGAAGAAAGUGCUGAGGUGCUCAAGAAGUUUGCUGCAGACUUCGCUGCAGAGGCUGCUUCUAAAGCAGACGUUCACGUGGAGCCCCACAAGAAGCAGCUCCAUGUGACACUGGCCUAUCACUUCCAGACCAGCCACCUGCCCACGCUGGAGAAGUUAGCACAGAACAUUGACGUCAAGCUGGGCUGUGACUGGGUGGCGGCGAUCUUCUCCCGAGACAUACGCUUCGUUAACCACGAGACUCUGCAAGUGAUCUAUCCUUACACCCCCCAGAACGAUGAUGAACUGGAGCUGGUCCCAGGGGAUUUUAUUUUCAUGUCCCCAGUGGAACAAACCAGUACAAGUGAGGGCUGGAUUUAUGGCAUUUCCCUUGCAACUGGCUGCUCUGGGCUACUGCCUGAAAACUACAUCACGAAGGCAGAUGAAUGUGGGACCUGGGUGUUUCAUGGGUCCUACUCCAUUCUGAAUACUACAUCCUCCCCAUCCCUUCAAGCCUUCAGUGAUGGAGCUCUGGAAAGAAGACAGCAGGAAGAGCAAGGACCUUGCGAGGCAGGGCCGCUCACCAUCAUCUGCCAGAACGUGCAGCCCCUGAGAAUCAGCAGCCAGCCAGGGCCUCAGAAACGCUGCCUGUUUGUCUGCAGACAUGGGGAGAGGAUGGAUGUGGUGUUUGGGAAGUACUGGCUGUCACAGUGCUUUGAUGCCAAAGGAAGGUACAUGCGCAGCAACCUGAACAUGCCUCACAGCUUACCUCAGCGAAGUGGCGGCUUCAGGGAUUAUGAAAAGGAUGCUCCCAUCACUGUGCUGGGCUGCAUGCAGGCAAGGAUGGUUGGUGAAGCCUUGCUAGAAACAAAUACCAUUGUAGACUACAUCUACAGCUCCCCGUCCCUACGGUGUGUACAGACAGCACACAACAUCCUGAAAGGCAUGCAGCAAGAGAACAACCUGAAAAUUCGAAUAGAGCCAGGCUUGUUUGAGUGGACCAAGUGGGUCUCUGGGAACACACUACCUGCCUGGAUACCCCCUGUGGAUUUAGCUGCAGCUACUCUAAGUGUUGAUACAACCUACAGACCUCAUAUUCCUGUCAGCAAGUUAGUGGUUUCUGAAUCUUAUGAUACAUAUAUAAGUAGAAGCUACCAAGUAACAAAAGAAAUCAUCAGUGAAUGUAAAGGCAAAGGAAAUAACAUCCUGCUAGUGGCACAUGCAUCCUCCCUGGAGGCUUGUACCUGCCAGCUCCAAGGGCUCUCGCCGCAGAACUCCAAGGACUUUGUACAGAUGGUCCGAAAGAUUCCAUACUUGGGGUUUUGCUCGUGCGAAGAACUGGGAGACACAGGCGUUUGGCAGCUUACCGACCCCCCUAUCCUCCCUCUCACACAUGGACCAACUGGAGGCUUUAACUGGAGAGAAACCUUACUACAAGAAUAGGCAAAAGAAGGAAAACCCAUGGCCUUCCUAAGCAUUGGAGAAUGUCUCUUUCUUGUGUUUAUUGACAGUGGAAAACCAGUCAUGCUAUGUUGAGUGGGUCACACAAACAGGCAUUCUAGCAUCUCUCACAGCCACAGUCAUGCAACAGCUCUCAUCUACAAGCAGGCAAAUACAAAAGGGAGUGAGAUUUGAGAGGGGAAAAAAAGAAAGUCCUAAAAUAGAGACUGAAGGUCUUGCACUGCAGGGAGGUUCUGUUUAGUCAGUAGCUCAGGUAGGUUUUCCCACCUUGAACACAGCUCUGGUAACACCAGUAACUCACUGCCUUCUGCAUCGCGUUAGGAACAACCAGCACUGUGUAAAUGGAGCAUACAGGAGACUGGCUUGGGUUUGGUUUUUCAACUACUACUUUUGCAAAGCAUUAGCAGGCUUGUUCAGGACCACGUGUUGCCACCCCCCUCACUCCCAGCCCCCAGAUUCUCAGCACCUUCCAUAAAGUGUGUCAGCACCAGCUGGAAACAAGAAUCCAGCGUUGCCUCUGUGGGCAGCAGCAGAUUCUUCCUCUCCUCUACUGGAGUGGUGUGUUAGGUGUUGGGCAUGCCUUGGAUGCAAAGGCUGAUGGAUGCUGACCCAUGUCAGAAGGAGGUUCUGAGUCUCACAUCAGUUACAGAUGAAGUUUCUCACAGGAGAAAGCAGCAUCCACCACAGCAGGUAGUUUACUGCAUAAACUGGCUUCAGGACAGGCUUCUCUUAGGUUAAUAUUAAGUCAUCAGUCUCGAGUCAAAAAGUUGCUGCAGGCAUUUUUAGGAGUCUUAGCAGAAGGUACUUUAAAAUGUGCUUAAAUGGGUGAAAAAGAUUUAGGCAUCCUCCUUUCUUGGUUUGGGCUAUAAAUCUGUGUAUUCCCAUAAGCAGCAGCAAAGGCAAGUGGAGAUGUACCAGGAAAUAAAUCCUGGCAUCCCAGGUACCUUCCUUCUGUUCACCUCUUCCUCUGCACAAGUGUUCAUGUCCUCACUUGAGAUGAUUGUGUGGCACAGAAGUUGAUGCUGGCCAACUUUGGCAGAAGUUUAUUGCUUAAAGCAAGAUCACAAUUGGGUCUGUGUUGGUAUCUCUUAACCUAUCAAGCCUUAGGCAGGACUGGUCUCACCUUCAGAAGGAUUUGACUGAGCUGCACUUUCAGCAGUCAGAAGAAAUAACGAGUGAGAAGCUGCAGCCCUUUCUUCCUAAAUUCAUAGAAUGGUUUAAGUUGGAAGGGACCUUAAAGAUCAUCUUGUUCCACCUCCCCUGCCACAGGCAAGGACACCUUCUACUAGCCCAGGCUGCUCAAAGCCUCAUCCAACUUGGCCUUGAACAUCUCCAGGGAGGGAGCAUCCACAACUUCCUUGAGCAAUGGGGCAAAGCACUCAGCAGGAUUUGCAAUGCAACAAGUCCAAAAGGAUUUUAGCUCAGCUUUGUCUCUGGGUUUUACUUAGCAUGCCUGGAGAGGACACCAGAUUCUGCAGAUACCUGGAGACAGCAGAGCUCUCAUCCUGUGCAGUAUGUCCCUUGUCAUGGUCCAGAAGAACAGGCCACUAUUUAGACUUUAUGACUACAUAAUACACAGUAGGCUCUUCAUUAGUGCAGUAUUAUCCCAGGGAUGUAUACUGAAAAGUCAGGGAAAUAACUUAGGAGCUGACAAAGGAACUGCUCCUGUGCAGUGAUACUGCUGUCACUUUACUUUUUAAACUGUAAUUUAAACUAUUUUGGGCUGUGUGCAGACACACUGAAGAGCUUUUCUGGCUUGUUUUCCUCCAUGCUUACCCACUGCAACUUUGCAGAAUUUAAAACCAGACAGAUGAAUUGACAAUCACAGCAAAACUCCUUUGGUUCCUGCUGCAUGUGUGAUACUCUGGACUGCUUUUUGUUUCAUGCUAGGGGUCAGCAAGAUGGCAUUUGUGGCACCAAAUACUGCCUGUAGGGAAGAGCAGAGGCUGCUCCUGCAGUUAAGGCACCAAAUACUGCCUAUAGGGAAGAGCAGAGGCUGCUCCUGUAGUUGAGGCACCAAAUACUGCCUAUAGGGAAGAGCAGAGGCUGCUCCUGCAGUUGGGGCACCAAAUACUGCCCACAGGGAAGAGCAGAGGCUGGUCAGGCCCUGCAACAGUUAAGGAACACGAUAAAAGGGAUUUAUUUAGGCAGAAGCAUGAAACAGGGAGGGAACUAAACCUGAAUGCACAAUUUGAAUCUUGUACUAGCUGAUCUUUGCAUAUAGUAAGCAAUCUAGAAAAAUAAAGAGUGUUGUGUUGGAGAAGGUAGAUGUUAAAACACUCUUUCCUUUAAAAAAAAAAAGUCUAUUUUUGGAUGUUUGGGAAAGUAUUUUGACAAUUGUAGUCUUAGCUCAAUUCAGUUACUUUUUUUCAGGUGCCAAGAACCUCAGAAAGGAAAACAAAAAUCAUCUUCUUUUCUUCCAGCCUUUUUGAUUUCUCACAGAGUUUUGUGUUGAGUAGUCUUGUGUCAAUCUGGCUUACUGGGGAGGAAAAAAGAAAGGAUAAAAUGUGUCCCUUUAAGGUUUUUAAUGGAGAUGUUAAGAGUGCAAAACAAUUGCUGCUUCACUUGCACUCCAUUGCUGCUCUUUAGUGUGUAUUUAAUGUCACUUCAGUGUUUUGUCCCACAAGAACAUCAGACUUGGUCUAUCUAAAGUGUGUGUGAGUCUUUUCCUUGCCUUCACUGUGAGCUGCAUCAGAUCCCAACCAUUUGAUUUGGGCAUAGGAGGUAAAUAACAGCUCCUAGACUUUUCCCCCCACUUCUCUUCCCAGUUAAGGAAUAAAGCUGGAAAUCUGUCAAGUUGUUUGGUCAGGAUUUUCAUAAAUUGGAACUUACAGGCUGGGCUAGAAAAAUACAGGAGAGCAAAGUGCAGAAUCAAGACAGCAGCAGCUGAUGGGAUGACAGCACCAGCAGGUCAAAUGCAGGGGGCUAGAAAAAGUGCAGGUUUGAUCAAGAGUUUGUCCUUGUCACUGGGUUUUGUCUCUUCCUCUGCUGAAGUGGGUGGGAGGGAGCUUGCAGCAUGCCCCCACCCCAAUGCUUCAGCUCUGCCUGGGGAUACCUUUCCAGUUUAACAGAGGUGCCAGGUCUAAAGCUCAAUGCAUUUCCCUUGCACUGGCAGCUACAGCCACAUACUUAAAUCCUCUGAGGUUCCUCAUGAGUGUAAAUUGACACUGUGGACUCAAACCAACAGGGCUUUAUGCAAACUGAGGAUCCAGACCAUAACUUCAGAAAAAAAAGAAUACAAGAACCACAUUUCCCUUUUCACUCAGUGUGCAGUUUCAGAAAGAAGUCAGCUGGUGGCAGGAGCCUGCUCCUCUCCUCCGGUGUUUAGCUCAUAGUAACAUUGACACUAGAAAAGUGGUCAUUUACAGCCCCAAAUCUGUGGCUGCUUACAAGAAUUCACCAGGAAUCAUCUUUAGAGAAGAAUUCUGCCAGACAAAGAGGGUGGAAGGGAUACUGAAGUGCUGCUUCCCACCAGAUGAGUUUGCAUCUGCAGCCCUGAGCCUCCCAAGCAGCAAUAACUCAGGGACGUGGGUACUGUGCACUAACUGCAGCUCUUGGGUAAAGAAAGGCCCAAGCAUGGGGAGGGAGUUGGGUAACAGCACUGUGACAAACUCAGCCUCUCUGCUUAGCUCCCAAGGACUGCACUGCAUGUGAAAUGAAAGGUUCUCACCGGGUCCUGCGGCCCCAGAGCCCAGGCAAACCAAGAGGAAGAUUACUCAUUACACCCUCAGGCACGGGAUGAAAACAUGCAAAGCCUGGUCCUGCCACAGGCUGCUCCUCACUACCUGCCACCGACUUCAUGAGGAGUCUCAUCUGUGCAGGGCUGAGCCCUUCCAGUCCUGAUGCGAGAAAUGAACCGGUGGGGAGAUUUGGUACGCGAUGAGAAUUCAGCUUCAGUUCAAAAAGAGGGAGAGCAGACACUGGAGUCAGGCUGCAGCUGACUAACCCUCAUUUAAGUCCAGAGCUGGAAACGAGUUUGUGACGCUUCCCAGCUUCAAGUGCAUUGAAAUGCUUGUUUGGAAAGGGAGCAUGGGUAGAUUCGGGUUGUGGUUUGGUUUCACUGAGGAGCCUAAGCACAGAGGAAACGAUUGAAACUUUAAAAAUAACCAUGAGACAGCAGUGGUAGCAGACAAGCUUAAAACAGUGAGAGAAGGAACAACAGACAUUCAUAAAGCCAAGCAGUAAGUGUGAUUGAUUGCAGGCACUGGAAACUGCUGCUCACUUCUCACCACUUCCUCAAACACUUUUUCCCUGGGGAAUCUUCACCAACCAUACAUGCUACAGAACAGAAAACUCUCAGCCAGUUCCUCUCUGGUACUUCCUAUCAAAAUGUGUUUUCUGAAACACCUCUCUGUGGACAUCUCUUAAAACUUGAUGUUAUCAGUGGAUUAUUAUAUUAUUCUCCCCCUCCCCUCCAUUUUAAACUUGUAUCAUUCUGUUGGGUUUGGUUGUUGGUUUGGGUUGUUUUAAGUGUGAGCAGAUUGUAUUUAUUUGAAGCAAAUGUUUGCUGUUUAAAAAUCACCACCAAUAAUUGUAUUGCCAAAAAAACAAAGGUUUAGCUGUAAUUACCUGUGACAUCUGUAAUAUUUUUAUUUGCUUUUGUUUUUUUUUGGAGGGGUUGGUUGCUUUUCAAUCUCAAAUCUCAGAUGCUAACAGCUGUUGGAACAAUCACUGUGUUAUAAUUCACUUCUGAGAGUGAAUGGAUUUCUCUGAAGGCAGACAAACAACAAUGUCUUGUGGAUGAUUUAAUAAAGAUAUCGAAAUGGC